UGAAGAGGAAGAAGAAAGACAGUAACCAAGGAAGAAAAACACGCGAUUCGUACGAUUCAUGUAGAUACGGAGAACGUACGGUAGUUGUUUUCGGACAAAGGGAGAUUGAAGCUACUUCAACUAUGUUGGAAUUCUCUCUCGUACCUGUUGUGUUCUGCCCAUCCAAACACUCUGUUCUCACAAAUCCGCCGGAGGCUUCGUCGCAGAAAUCAUUGCCAAGUAAAAAUUAUGAAAAUAGGAAACGUAACAUGAAUACGAAACAGGAGUCAGAGCCAGACGCAUUACGUAGGGUUCCGAAGAAGGCGGCUCAAGUGCAACCCAGUGAUGAUCCCAGCCCGUGUGUAGUUCACCAGGAGCCGUCGAUCAAGACUGAUCGGACGAUUGCCACGUCGUCGCCAGUGGGAACGACGUCGUUUCAAAGGAAAGCCAAUAUUCCAACGCAAGUGCAAGUGGAGCGUCAAGCAGUGACGCACGGUAGUAGCGAGAAGAUUCAUCAAAACCCACAAACGCAAACGCUUAUUCAAACGCAAACGGAGACGCAAACGCACAACGUGGUUGAUGCUAGUAAAUUGGCGGCUGAGGCGGCCAGAGCAAGGAGAAAGGAAAUCCGAAAGUCCAAGAGAACAAAAAAUAACUGAAAACUAAUUUUUUU